AUGUCGUUCGGACUGACGAAUGCUACUGCGUUAUUUAUGGAUAUAAUGAAUAGGGUGUUUCCUGAAUACCUAGACGAGUUUGUGGUGGUUUUCACUGAUGAUAUUCUGAUCUAUUUGAAGAGUAUAGAGGAGUACAAAAAUCUUUUGAGGCUAGUGCUACAAUUGCUAAGGGAAAAGAAGUUCUAUGCUAAAUUCAAGAGAUGUGAAUUUUGGUUAGAGAAAGUCACAUUUCUUGGAGACGUAAUAUUUGGGGGUGGUGUUUCGGUGGACUCUAGCCAGAUAGAUGUGGUAGUGGAUAGGGUGAGACCAAUGAAUGUUAAGGAGAUUAGGAGUUUCUUGAGAUUAGCAGGAUACUAUCGUCGGUUCGUGGAAGGAUUUUUGAAACUAACGGGUCCUCUGACACAGUUAAUGAGGAAAGGUGUAAAUAAGAAUGGACCGAUGAGUGUGAGCAUACCUUUCAGGAGUUGA